UCGUCUUGGCCAAGGUCCUGGCUCCGCGGCUGAGCGCGAUCGGUUGUGGCGCCCCGGAGCUGCCUGCUUGGUCCGGGGUGGGCGGGCAGGGACCUGGACGCUGCGCUCUCUGGCCGCUCCCCGUCGCGCCCGCUCCCUCGCAGCCACGCGGGGCGCGCACUCCCACUCCCUCCGCGCGCGGCUCCGGGGCGCAAUGGACGCCGCGCUGCUCCACAGCCUGCUGGAGGCCAACUGCAGCCUGUCGCUGGCCGAAGAGCUGCUCCUGGACGGCUGGGGGGUGCCCCCGGACCCCGAAGGUCUCUACUCCUACUGCAACACGACCUUGGACCAGAUCGGGACUUGCUGGCCCCAGAGCACGCCCGGAGCCCUGGUGGAGAGACCGUGCCCCGAGUACUUCAAUGGCAUCAAGUACAAUACGACCCGGAAUGCCUACCGAGAAUGCUUGGAGAAUGGAACAUGGGCCUCCAGGAUCAACUACUCACACUGUGAGCCCAUUUUGGAUGACAAGCAGAGGAAGUAUGACCUGCAUUACCAAAUCGCCCUCAUUGUCAACUACCUGGGCCACUGUGUUUCUCUGGUGGCCCUGGUGGUCGCUUUCCUGCUCUUCCUGGUCCUGCGGAGCAUCCGCUGCCUGCGGAACGUGAUCCACUGGAACCUCAUCACCACCUUCAUCCUGAGGAACGUCACGUGGUUCCUGUUGCAGCUCAUCGACCACGAAGUGCAUGAGGGGAAUGAGGUCUGGUGUCGCUGCAUCACCGCCAUCUUCAACUACUUCGUGGUCACCAACUUCUUCUGGAUGUUUGUGGAGGGCUGCUACCUGCACACGGCCAUCGUCAUGACGUACUCCACCGAGCACCUGCACAAGUGGUUCUUCCUCUUCAUUGGAUGGUGCAUCCCCUGCCCCAUUAUCGUUGCCUGGGCGGUUGGCAAACUCUACUAUGAGAACGAACAGUGCUGGUUUGGGAAGGAACCUGGUGACUUGGUGGACUACAUCUACCAGGGCCCCAUCAUCCUCGUGCUCUUGAUCAAUUUUAUAUUUCUGUUCAACAUCGUCCGGAUCCUGAUGACAAAAUUACGAGCAUCCACCACAUCUGAGACAAUCCAGUACAGGAAGGCGGUGAAGGCCACGCUGGUCCUCCUCCCAUUGCUGGGCAUCACCUACAUGCUCUUCUUCGUCAAUCCUGGAGAGGACGACCUGUCCCAGAUUGUGUUCAUCUAUUUCAACUCUUUCCUGCAGUCCUUCCAGGGUUUCUUUGUGUCUGUUUUCUAUUGCUUCUUCAAUGGAGAGGUGCGCUCGGCCCUGAGGAAGCGAUGGCACCGUUGGCAGGACCAUCACUCCCUCCGAGUGCCUGUGGCCCGGGCCAUGUCCAUCCCCACAUCGCCCACCAGGAUCAGCUUCCACAGCAUCAAGCAGACAGCCGCGGUGUGACCCUCUGUCCUCCAUCACUACACCACUGAGGCAGCUUCCCCAUCCUCUACAGCCUUCCCCUGGGUCCUCCUUGCUACACUGACCCUUGGGGUGCAGGAAAAGGAGGGGAGAGAUCCACUCUCCAGCCUGGAAGGAAAGGAACGCUAUGGGAGGGGGCUCUGAAGGACCAGGGCCCAGUGCAGCCACAAGUCUGCAAGCAAGAGGGAGCAGAGGGAUGCUGCAGACCCCUCAAAAAGAGAGGCUCUCACAUCCUCAAGGCUUUGCGCACCCAGCCUCUUGCAGAUCCUCACUGUAACACCAUUUACACAUGAAGAAAUGGAGGUGCAGAGCAGGCAAGGGCCUGGCCAAGUCACACAGUUACUUGUCUCACUCACAGCACCCACGGUUGGCUCUACUCCUUGCUUUCUGGCUCCGUACUUAGGGGUGCCCUCUGUAGGUGGAGGAGACAAGAGUUAACUUACCUGGCUUCAUCCCAGGGACUGUCUAGCAGAUAAGCCUCCCUCCUCGGUACCAGCCCCUCACAAACUGCCCCUCCAUCCUUUCUCAGUCCUCCUGCCCCCAGGUCUCCAGGAGAAUGCUGUCUUGUCUUCCAGUCUGCUGCCCCUCCUGGGAGACCCCCAUUCAGCCUGGGCUCAGCCUGGGGACCUGGAGAUGCCAUGGGCAAUGACACAGAGAGACAGUCACACUCUCAGGCCAAUCAGAUACACAGGGCUGGACAGAAGGGGAGCAGCACAGGCCAGGGGGCGGGGGCGUUGGGGGGGGGCAGAGUGGCGGGAGGCUCGCCCAAAUCAGAGCAUUUCUCCUCCGACUGCUUCAGCCUCUGCUGCAGAAACGGCUCCUGUGACGUCAGCCAGGUGUCUGCGGGGGUGGCAAGCUUCAAGUCAAGCAAUUAGACAUCCGAGAGAUGAUGUGGGCCAAUGAUGAGGACAGAGUGUCUGCAGGGCAUAGCCGUGUCCCUCUCCUUAGAGAUGACAGCCUGGGCCCAAGCAGGCAUUCCUCUGGCCUGUGGUGGGUUUGGAGUCUUCAGGUUCAAAGGGCCUAAAUCAUCCUUGAGGAUGACAUCUGCCCCAUCCCCAAUACAGAGCCUGACUGUGCCAGGGACUAAGAUUCUGGAACUGGGAGGGAGGGGAGGCAAGGCCCCUCAGGCUCCACAAACAAGAAGAAACAGAGCUUGGAUUCGGACUCCACCUCCAUUUCCCCUGUCUCCCUCCCCUCAGCAGAAGAGGAGAGAGAAGCCAGCAGACUAUAGUCUUGAAAAGGGCCCCUUGUCUAGCUACAGCACAAAAAUAAACUUUGAAAAAUUAUUCCGUUU